UUCAGUAUAGAGGUGCUGAUCCUGUUCCUGAUUCUGGAGAAAUUAGUGGUGUAGGACAUUAUAAUUGUAGCAAGGUCACCGAUGGCACACCAUGUGUAGAUAAGGGAUACGCCACUUACAAAGUCCAAAAAGGCAGAAGAUAUAGAUUUAGAAUAAUCAAUACUAGUGCCAUGACUCAUUUUGUUUUUUCUAUAGACAAACAUCAAUUUGAAGUAAUUGAAAUUGAUGGAAACAAUGUUAAGAAGACCACUGUUAGCUAUCUUCCAAUUAAUAUUGCUCAGCGCUACUCCAUAAUCGUUAACUGUACUCAGGCAGUUGAUAAUUAUUGGAUCCGAGCAACUAUGUCAAAAUGUAGUAUACCAUACCGUCCAGGCGAUCCUGGUACAAUCAACUCUAACUCUAGCUUGAAUUACAACGUCUUUGGCAUUCUUCGUUAUGAAGGUGCCCCUAAUACCAAUCCAAAUACUGUUGCUUCUAAUAAUGUUCCUACCUCAUCUGCCUCAAACUGCUAUGACAUGGAUUUAAAUUCCUUGAAGCCCUAUCCGCCUAAUCCGGUUCCAACAAAAGUCGAUCAUACUUUGUCGUUCGCUAUCAAUGUUGUUCUUAUGAGACCCUCCCUCAUUCUAGCAGCAAUAGUUAAUGGGAAUUCAUUCUCACCAGAUUUCACUAAUCCGACAAUCAAGAAACUUAAAGAUGGUCAGGAUCCUAGCAAAUUUCUUCCUUCUGAUAAUGCAUAUGGAUAUGAUAUUCCUAGUAAUUCGGUAGUUGAAGUUGUGAUGAUUAAUAAUGAAAAUAGAACUCAUCCUUUCCACAUGCAUGGACAUGCAUUCUGGAUCGUCUGUCAAGGCGAACCUGGUACUAAUAAUACGGACCCAUCAAAGUUAACCCGUAAUCUUGUUGAUCCUCCUAUGCGUGACGUG